GGCGGCCGGAGCUUCCGGGCUGGUCGCGCGCCUUCCUGUGGCCAAGAUGGCGGCCGAGCAUCCCGAGCCUCCCAAAGGCGAAUUGCAGUUGCCGCCGCCGCCGCCUCCCGGGCACUAUGGCGCCUGGGCUGCCCAGGAGCUCCAGGCCAAGUUGGCAGAGAUAGGCGCUCCGAUCCAGGGGAGUCGCGAGGAGCUGGUGGAGCGGCUGCAGAGCUACACGCGCCAGACGGGCAUCGUGCUGAACCGGCCGGUCUUGAGAGGGGAAGAUGGGGACAAAGCCGCGCCCCCUCCCAUGUCGGCACAGCUCUCUGGGAUUCCCAUGCCACCGCCACCCAUGGGGCUCCCUCCUCUGCAGCCCCCUCCACCCCCCCCUCCACCCCCACCAGGCCUUGGCCUUGGCUUUCCCAUGGCCCACCCACCAAAUUUGGGGCCCCCGCCUCCUCUCCGCGUGGGUGAGCCGGUGGCGCUGUCGGAAGAAGAGCGGCUGAAGCUGGCGCAGCAGCAGGCGGCACUGCUGAUGCAGCAAGAGGAGCGCGCCAAGCAGCAGGGAGAUCAUUCACUGAAGGAGCACGAGCUCUUGGAGCAGCAGAAGCGGGCAGCCGUGCUCCUGGAGCAGGAACGGCAGCAGGAGAUUGCCAAGAUGGGCACCCCAGUCCCUCGGCCCCCACAGGACAUGGGCCAGAUGGGCGUUCGCACUCCUCUGGGUCCUCGAGCUGCUGCCCCCGUGGGCCCGGUGGGUCCCACCCCGACUGUUCUGCCCAUGGGGGCCCCCGUUCCUCGUCCUCGUGGUCCCCCACCGCCCCCUGGGGAUGAAAACAGAGAGAUGGAGGACCCCUCUGUGGGCCCCAAGAUCCCCCAGGCUCUGGAGAAGAUCCUGCAACUGAAGGAGAGCCGGCAGGAGGAGAUGAGCGCGCAGCAGGAGGAAGAGGAGAUGGAAACAGACACUCGCUCGUCCCUGGGCCAUUCGGCCUCCGAGACCGAGGAGGAUGCGGUGUCCACAUCCAAGAAGGAGAAAAACCGGAAGCGCCGGAACCGGAAGAAGAAGAAAAAGCCGCAGCGCGUGCGGGGGGCGCCCUCGGAGAGCUCUGGGGAGCGCGAGAAGGACUCAGGCCGGCCGCGCGGCUCGGACGCCCCAGCCGCUGACGUGGAGAUCGAGUACGUGACCGAAGAGCCCGAGAUUUAUGAGCCCAACUUCAUCUUCUUCAAGAGGAUUUUUGAGGCUUUCAAGCUCACCGAUGACGUGAAGAAGGAGAAGGAGAAGGAGCCCGAGAAGCUGGACAAGCUGGAGAACGCCGCCGCCCCCAAGAAGAAGGGCUUCGAGGAGGAGCACAAGGACAGCGACGACGACAGCAGCGACGACGAGCAGGAGAAGAAGCCAGAAGCGCCCAAGCUGUCCAAGAAGAAGCUGCGUCGCAUGAAUCGCUUCACCGUGGCUGAGCUCAAGCAGCUGGUGGCCCGGCCCGACGUCGUGGAGAUGCACGAUGUGACGGCGCAGGACCCGAAGCUCCUGGUGCACCUGAAGGCCACUCGGAACUCGGUGCCGGUGCCGCGACACUGGUGCUUCAAGCGCAAGUACCUGCAAGGCAAGCGCGGCAUCGAGAAGCCCCCCUUUGAGCUGCCGGACUUCAUCAAGCGCACAGGCAUCCAGGAGAUGCGGGAGGCCCUGCAGGAGAAGGAAGAACAGAAAACCAUGAAGUCAAAGAUGCGGGAGAAGGUUCGGCCCAAGAUGGGCAAGAUUGACAUUGACUACCAGAAGCUGCACGACGCCUUCUUCAAGUGGCAGACGAAGCCGAAGCUGACCAUCCAUGGGGACCUGUACUAUGAGGGGAAGGAGUUCGAGACGCGACUGAAGGAGAAGAAGCCCGGUGACCUGUCGGACGAGCUCAGGAUUUCCCUGGGGAUGCCUGUGGGACCAAACGCCCACAAGGUCCCGCCCCCGUGGCUGAUCGCCAUGCAGCGGUACGGACCACCCCCAUCGUACCCCAACCUGAAAAUCCCCGGGCUGAACUCGCCCAUCCCCGAGAGCUGUUCCUUCGGGUACCAUGCCGGCGGCUGGGGCAAGCCCCCAGUAGACGAGACCGGGAAGCCGCUCUACGGGGACGUGUUUGGAACCAACGCUGCUGAAUUUCAGACCAAGACUGAGGAAGAAGAGAUUGAUCGGACCCCUUGGGGGGAGCUGGAGCCCUCAGACGAGGAGUCCUCGGAGGAAGAGGAAGAGGAGGAGAGCGACGAAGACAAGCCGGAUGAGACGGGCUUCAUCACGCCGGCAGACAGUGGCCUCAUCACCCCAGGAGGGUUCUCGUCGGUGCCCGCUGGAAUGGAGACCCCCGAGCUCAUCGAGCUGAGGAAGAAGAAGAUCGAGGAGGCGAUGGACGGAAGUGAAACGCCUCAGCUGUUCACCGUGUUGCCAGAGAAGAGGACAGCCACCGUCGGGGGGGCCAUGAUGGGGUCGACCCACAUUUACGACAUGUCCACGGUCAUGAGCCGCAAGGGCCCGGCGCCUGAGCUGCAGGGUGUGGAAGUGGCCCUGGCGCCUGAGGAGCUGGAGCUGGACCCCAUGGCCAUGACCCAGAAGUACGAGGAGCACGUGCGGGAGCAGCAGGCCCAGGUGGAGAAGGAGGACUUCAGCGACAUGGUGGCCGAGCACGCCGCCAAGCAGAAGCAAAAGAAGCGGAAAGCCCAGCCCCAGGACAGCCGCGGGGGCAGCAAGAAGUACAAGGAGUUCAAGUUCUAGCCCCACCCAGCCCCCCUCUGGCCCUUUUUCUGGAUGCCCGGCUUCACGCGUGGGUCCCUGCAGUCCCCAAGGGCUUGUCAUUUCAUGUUCCUAUUUUAGACCUGUUUUGUAAAUAAAGCUGUUUCCCAAGGAAA